AUGACAACACUAAAUAAGCUACAGCCACCAGGAAGUGCUUCUCCUCCUCUGAGUCAUGGCUACCAGAAGCUAGGGGAUGCUAGGGAAGCUGCGAUGGUCUUAGGAACGCCCAGAUCCUCCCAUAUUGACCUCACUCGACCCCGUUCUUUAAGGCGAUGCACAGACAGCGUAGCUGUACAAAGGAUUCAGUGUGAACUUAACAAGUUUUGGACAGAAGCGCCCGAAGGUUGCCGCCGCAUCGAUGUUGACGAGAAGGAUAUAUUUCGUUGGAGGGCCACCAUUGAUGGUCCACCUAAUACUCCCUAUGAGGGCGGGAUAUUUGAUCUAGAAAUCAACUUUGAUGAGGAAUAUCCGUUUAAACCGCCCGAGGUUAAGUUUCUUACACCCGUAUUUCAUUGCAACAUUGCGCUGGGUGGAGAGAUAUAUCCCAAUGUAGAUGAUGCCCUGAUGCCCGAUCACGCUGCCAUGUACAAGGAGAACCGGAAGGAGUACGAUUCCCAGGCACGCCGUUGGACUCGCAGAUUUGCCAAACCUGAUUAG